AUCGACUGAAUCGAGCAAAUGCAGUAGGGCGUCAGGUGGUGUGACAGAAGUCAGGUGUUGUGGUGGAAAGUUUUGUUUCCUGCUCGUAACGUAUGUCGUUUGUACAAAUACUUAAGAACAUGGGAUGUUGUUAUAGUUGUAAAGAGGAUAAUUCGGUACAGGGCGGGGAAGCAAACGAAAGGACACAUCUUCUAGUGGAUCCAGUGAGCAAUAGUGCUGCAAUCCAGAGAGUUCAUAGUGAUGAAUUCUUAACUCGGUACCCUAACUCUUUGCCCAAGAAGACAGAUGAACAGUCAGCCCUGAACAGAAUACUGCAAGAGACAGCCACGAAUGUGAUUGACGUUUCUGCCUUGGGUCCACAUGCUCUUGAACAGCACGAGUUCUUGGAACGUGUCAAACUAUAUGCCCAACGAUUGCAGCAAGUUCAGCUUGGUUCAGCAGGCAGUGGACGGCGAGUGGUGGGUGCUGGCAGUAUCCAACAGAUAGCACAACCUAUCUUAGCAGACGUGCCUGCUCCUGAAAGGUGGCUUGCUGCUCACCCACUUGACGCCAGGGACUUAGCGCUUGUUGUGGGUGUAGCAGAACGUGCAGGAGCAGCUCUGGCUGACUUAAGAGUGGAACACCGUGAGGACCUUGUAGUGCCUUUUGUAAUCCCUUGAAAAUAGAGGAAGACUGAAAGAAAGGAAGGACAAAAUGGAUGAUCCAGGAUAUGGAAGGAUCUGAUGAAGCCAAUGACUGAUAAAAUUAUAAUCACAUUUUAGCAUUGGCUUGUGACUGAUGUUAUUUCUUUUAUAAUGUUUAUAUUAAUCUCACCAAAGAUAUAUUUUAUUGCAAAAAAAAAAAAAAAAAUAA